AUGGCUUACGAUGAUGGAACUCUCAAAUCAAAUGAACUUUUGAAUCCCAGAGUUAACAAUUUGAACCAAAUCGUCUCUGAUUAUGCCAGAAUCAAUCAAGAGUUAUCCGAUGCACUCAGUUGGGGACAUGUAGUAAUCAAUCGAAUCAGGACUCUCCAGUUUAGUGAGGAAGAAGCUAAGAUAUCCGAUCUAAACAGGCUCUUCCGUGCAUACCAAGACUUCAUUGGUGGAAAGUUCCAAGAGUUAGAAGAAUUAUCUGAUAAAGUCUAUCAAGUUUAA